AUGCAGACAAAAUGUGGUUGCUUCACACCGGGGCUCGAGUCGGCCUCCUCACUCAUAUUCCAAGGAUCCGGACAGAACUGCAGCGCGCAGAAAAACUCGUUCAUCUGCUGCGAAAAUUACAGCUACAUCAGUGACAAUAAAUUCCUCUGCUGUCUGGAUAAGUACGAGCAAAGUGCGCCAGCUUUUGUUGAAAAAUGCCGCCUGACAGACCAGCAGUUGGAUGCCAUUGAGAAAUUAUUCGGACCAGGCUCUUCCAUCUUUCACAGAUCCAUUUACAAAAAGUACACAACCACAGAUGACGAUUUUGCUAUAUUUCAUAGAUCAGGCCUCUUGUACGCAAUGGUCCUCCUCUGUUGUUUCCUGGCUGUUCCAGUACUUUGCUUCUGUUUCAAGACUUUUGUUGAGAAUUUGGAGCAGAGGUAUGGAGUCAUCAACCACCAACGACUAGCCGGUAUAGGAAGCGAUGGAACGCAUCUGACAGACAAUCGCCAUCUUUCGGUCCUUAACCAACUCGGUCCGGAGCAGAGAACUCUGAACGAUGCUCAUUCUUAUCUGCCAUUUGCGGUACAACCACCCUCGUACAAUUCCAUACCGAAGGAACCGCCUAGAUAUUCUAGCAUCUUUCUCAUUGACAGUCAUCGGUCGAGUGUAAAUAGGUCGGAAGAGAAUAGCAACCACGCUGUGGAUGAGGCGGUUUUCGUCGCAGAACCAACCGAAAACGUCAACAGAGAUGGUGGGGUCACCGGGUCAAAUGUUUAA